AUGAAAAAUAUUUAUACUCACUCCUUUCCUUCCCGGCAGUCCGUCUGGUCCGCGUCACUUCCGCUGCUGCUCCAGCUUCUACUUCGCUGUCGCCUUCCUGCUGCCCCUCAGAUUGUCAUGUAUCCUGAAAAGCCUGCCAAAUGGGGACAGCUCAACACAUUGAUCUGUCUGGCUGAUGGAUUCUACCCUCCACACAUCACCAUGAGAUGGAAGAGGAACAGUGAGCCAGUGACUGAUGAAGUCAACAUUACAGAAUUCUGUAUGAAACAGGAUCAUUCCUAUCAGAGAUUCACAUACCUGAGCUUCAUCCCAAAUCCUGGAGACAUGUAUUCCUGUCACGUGGAACACGACGGGCUGCAGGAUCCAACCACUGUAUUCUGGGAACCUGAAGUACCAGAGGAACAGUCUGGUCCUUGGACAGUGAUCUGUAUUGUGGGAAUCAUCCUGGGAAUUAUCAGUGCUGUUGUAGCGGUCAUUUUACUGAUUAAAGAGAGGAAACGGCUGCAACCCCUGGCAUCUAGGGAUAAGUACAGGGUGCAGGGUCUGUGUUUAUAA